UUUACUCGAGCCAGCUUUGCAUAAAAAAAUCAGAACGUCGUUGUAAAAGAAGAUGCAGUAAGAAUUCUCGUUAAUUUGAUCUUCAUUCUUAUUUUAAUCACAGGAYUAUAACCGAAGAAAUUAUUCUGUUGGUUAGCUCUCAAGAUACAAGAAUAUUUUGCUGUUCWUUUGGGGAAAAUUCUAUGCACAAUGUGAUUCGACUCGCUCUUCAACGCUCUAACGGUUAUUCUUUGGUAAUGGAUAUGUCCAGGAAAGGAUUCUUCAAUUUCAUUUGGCCAACAUGACUACUAAACACGAUGAGAAAGAAAUUAGAGUUUUAAGUCAUGGAUAGGCAAAUUUGGACAGGGAAACCUAUCGCGAGGAUACGGUCUAGUUCGCGAUGGGUCACUUCAGUUAUGCUUGUUUGUUGGCUAUUAUUAUGUUUUACAAGCCUUACUGGAGCUGAUUUAUCGUUCUCGAUAYUAGAAGAACAACCUUCUGGGACAAUCGUGGGCAAAAUCACCGAAUGUGUGGGUCAUAGUUGUUCAUUUGACGGUAAUGCGGCUUUUACAAUCGACUCCGGCGUUAUAAAAUCGACUGCGAGAAUCGACAGAGAUAUCUUAACAGUUAAUCCAAUUCCUYUAAAUGUACGUUCAWCAAACCCMAAUAUCCAGCCACCAAAAGUUAAUAUCCUUGUUAAAGAUAUUAACGACAAUGCACCGAAAUUCCCAUCGCUUUUAUCAACUCUUCAAGUCACCGAAACAACAUCGGCAGGGGUCGUUUAUCCCAUCAACACGGCAACUGAUAGUGACUACGGCUACAAUGGCACAGUUGAUUAUACUAUUSUUAAAGGUAAUAUCGACGGGAAAUUCAGGCUGGGAAUUGGUUCUAAUAAUUGCCAAGGAAAAGCUGAACUCUGUAUUAUUAUUAACAACACUCUUGAUCGAGAAAAAACAGAUUCUUACGAGUUGAAAAUAUCGGCAAGUGAUCGUGGAAUGCCGUCUCUGACUGGCUAUUGUUUAGUGAACAUAACAAUACUCGAUGCUAAUGACAACCGACCAGUAUUUACAUCUGAUAUUUUUAAAGGCUCGAUCGCGGAAAAUACUAAACGUGGCAAGAGCAUUUUAACUGUUAGAGCGACGGACAAAGAUAGUGGGUCCAAUAGUGAAAUCGAAUACUCGAUCGAAAAGGAUGCAGAGAAAUCAGAUGAGAUCUUCGAUAUAGAUUCGAAUACUGGAGUGAUCAGUUCSAAAGGAAGCCUUGACUUUGAAAUAAAAAAAUCKUACAAGUUUACUGUYGUUGCYAGCGAUAAAGGCCAACCAAGAGAGACAUCGACUGCAACUGUGGUCAUUAGUGUAACAGAUAGGAAUGACAAUGCCCCAAAGUUUGCUAGAUUUCUGUACUACCCUAAUCCUAAUCUAGCCAAAGCUGUAGUUUCAGAAGACUGCACAUUGUUGACUAUCUUAGCAUUCAUGAUAGUUAGUGACAAUGACGGAUCUUCACCUAAUAAUGACAUAAAUCUUGAGAUAAGCAAAGGAAAUGAACAUGGAUACUUCCUUGUGCAAAAACAUCAAACUCUACCUGGUGCCUAUUUGCUGCGAGUAGGCAAAACUCUGGACCGUGAAGUUUCAUCUAMCUUUAACUUGACUUUAAAUGCAACUGACCAAGGAUAUCCCAGKAAAAGUACUUUAGCAUUUGCAAUUAUUGAAGUUCUAGAUGUGAAUGACAACUCGCCAAAAUUUUACAGWAACUUGUAUACUGCAUCAAUCAAUGAACUUGCGCCAAAUGGAAGUUUUGUAUUAAAAAUGAAUGCAACUGAUCCUGAUGCUGGCCAAAAUGGGACAAUUUCUUAUUCUAUUACUAAUGGAAAUGAUCGUGGUUGGUUUCAGAUUGAUAGUCAAUCAGGCUUGGUUACCACUGUUACAACAAUGGACAGAGAAGCAGUGUCUUCMGUUUCACUCACAAUUACUGCUCAAGACCAUGGAAGUAUUCCUAAAACUGCAACAACAACUUUAAAAAUCACAUUGCUGGAUGCAAAUGAUAAUAUUCCAAAAUUUUCCAAAAGUGUUUACAAUGAAUCUAUACCAGAGGAUGCAACAAARGACAGGAUUAUUACAACACUAUCAGCAUCUGAUGAUGAUGUUGGUGACAAUGCUAAAAUUAGCUUUGCCAUUGAUUCUGCAUCACAAGAUCUUCUUAAGCAUUUUAUUUUGGAGCCAUCAAGUGGAGUUUUGAAAUUGAAAGCAAGUGUGGAUCGUGAGGUCAAAAGUUUGUACAAUAUCCCYGUCAUUGCUACUGACAAUGGAAAGCCAAAACUGUCAUCCAAAGCUACSGUUGUYGUSACAGUUACUGAUAUAAAUGAUAACAAKCCMAUAUUCUACCCUGAGGGGUAUUUUGUAAGUGUCAUUGARAAUGAAAAACCUGGACCCUUAGUAAAAGUCACUGCWACUGACAAGGAUGMUGGAGUGAAUGCAAWGGUUGUUUAUUCAAUCAAAAGUGGAAACUCUAAUAAUAGUUUUGCWAUCAAUGUUGACACUGGAGAAAUCAGAACUGUGAAAUCCCUAGACCACGAAGCUAAUGGCUUUCACAAACUAGAAAUAUCAGCUAGAGAUGGAGGUGGCAAUGUUGCAUUAAAGCCUGCGAUUGUCGAAGUGACAGUUAUCAACCAAGCAGACAAUCCACCAUAUUUUGAUCAUGCGAUUUACAACUUUUCAGUAUACGAGAAUGCUCCCAAGAGGACCCUUGUCGGGAAAGUGUUUGCUAAGACCAAAGAUAAGAAUGACAGUAUAAUGUAUGAAAUCAUCUCWGGGGACCCUGGACAUUUAUUUAUUGUUGAUUCAUCAGGUGGUAUUAUUAUGGUGAAUGGGAUCAUUGACAGAGAACUUAAAACUGAAUUCUGGUUGGAAGUCAUCGCYAAAACAGGAUUUGCUCGACCRUUGUCUGCUAARACAUCUGUUAACAUAUCUGUACUUGAUAGAAAUGACAACACUCCUGAGUUCACAACUUCCCACGUGCAUGUCAAYAUCUUAGGAUCAUGGCUGGCAGGUAAACUUAUUUCAGAUGUMUCAGCUAAAGAUGGUGAUGCGGGAAGUAAUGGAAUGAUUCGAUACCAGCUCACYAAUAAUGCAAAUGGCCUGUUUAAAAUCAAUUCUACAUCUGGUGUUGUGACKCUAGCUCGACAACCAUCUGAGAGCGACAGCUCACAGUAUACUGUUCAAGUGAUGGCAUCAGAUUUGGGAUCUCCACCRUUACACAGCACGAUGACGAUACAAGCAAAUAUAUUGAUAAAUCAUCCACCAAAGUUYAGAUCAAACUCUCAUGUUAUACAUGCYCUGGCUUCUUGGUCUCUCACCCAUCGAUUCCUGAUUGUAACUGCUAUUGAUAGAGACAGUGGAAAAAAUGGAGAAAUAAGCUACAGUAUCGACAAACUUGGAAAUCAGGAUGGUUUGUUUGGUAUCUUUCCAGAUGGCAUGUUGUACAUCAAGAAGAACUUGAUUUAUGCUACAAAAGGAUCCUAUGAUAUUGUUGUGAGAGCUACUGAUGGUGGAACACCUCCACUUAGUGCAUCCGUUAAAGUAACGAUUUAUAUCCAAGACACAGAUGAACACAGGACAUUGUUCACUAAUAACACAUUCAGGUUUGUGAUAAUUGAAAAUCUUCCUCCAGGCUCAUCAGUGGGAACUGUUACAGCACGUGCACCAGAUAACACCAAAACUAAAGACAUUAUUUAUUCUCUAGUUGGUAAUSACGGUGUAUUUGCUAUUGAUGCAAAAAGUGGACACAUUACAACAAGGAUUUUGUUAGACAGGGAAGCACUUAUGAAAGAGACUGGUGAUAAUGAUUACAUCAUGCGUGCUGAAGCAGUAUACAAUGAUACAACUCUCCGACGUGAUAGCGCUAUCGUCAUAGUAACUGUUGGUGACGUCAAYGAUAAUCCACCUCUUUUUAGCAGUUCUUUGUAUAAUGUCAAAGUCAAUGAGAAGCUUGUUCCUGUCUCAGUGGUUUAUAAAGUUACAGCUGUUGAUCCUGAUAGCAGUUUGAAUGCUAAUUUUACUUAUUCAAUCAUCAARGGAACUGGUAAAGAUGUSUUCCACAUUGACAAGACAACUGGUGACUUAUAUCUGGACAAAGCACUUGACCGUGAAACUGUAGACAGUUAUAAUCUAACAUUACAAGCAACAGAUAUUCUCAACAGCACGCUGUACUCUCAGUCAGUAGUUCAAAUCACUGUUGAAGAUUAUAAUGAUGAAAAACCUGUGUUUGAGAGUUUCAGAAGUACAGUUAGUGUAUCUGAGUUGCUUCCUGUUGGAUCAGAAAUUAUUAACCUGAAUGCUACCGAUAAGGACAUUGGACAAAAUGGACAAAUACUGUACUCAAUUACUUGCGGAAAUCUUGAAGCUGUCUUUGAYAUAAACCAUUCAACAGGAAGAGUUUUUGUUAGUAAAMAUCUUGAUUAUGAAACCACAAAGCARUACCAUCUAUGUUUCAUGGCUCAGGAUCGAGGUACUCCAUCUCUGUGGUCGUCAGCUAAUUUGACUGUAAAUAUUGUUGAUGCUAAUGAUAAUGCUCCUGUAUUUUCACCAUCACCUCAAAAGCUCCAGAUUCUUGAGAACGCAACCAUUGGAACAGUUAUUGGACGUUGUUUCGCUACUGACAAAGACAGUGGUGUGUAUGGUCAGGUUGUAUAUUCACUAGAAAGGCUGGUACCAAAGGGGAGCAUUUUCUCUGUAGAUCCAAAAACSUGCACAAUAACAGUAAUUGCUAACAUUGACAGAGARAAAAUGUCCAGGAACUAUUAUCAGUUGGUUGUCAAGGCAACUGACAAGGCCACRCCUGCAUCACGAGCCAUGUCUGCGACCAAAGAGAUUAUUAUCCUGAUACAAGAUGUAAAUGAUAACAGACCACGGUUUGUAUCACCUCCAGCGGCACGGGUCGGAACUAGUUCAUUUGUAAUGAAUGUCAAAGCUGUGGACCAUGAUGAGGGURCUUUUGGUUAUGUYACUUACAACUUUAUAAACAGUGAUCCAAACAACUUGUUCAUAUUGAAUAAAAACAAUGGRCAGCUUGACAAGAUAGCUCCGUUAAGUGAUAACAAGUUGUCCUACAAACGYUUAGUCAAAGCUCAAGAUGGUGGGAGCCCUCCUCUGGCUGACCAGACAGAGAUUACGCUAUUCAAGACUGGAGGCAGUGGUCCUGUGUUUACUAAUUCCACAUUUUAUGGUUCCAUCACAGAAAACAAAGGCCCAGGGUCAACUAUCCUUCGUGUUAAUGCAUAUUAUACGAACAGCCAAUCAAAAUCCAACAUUAAGUAUUACCUGACUUCGGAUGAUAGUAAGGGGGCUUUAAGAGUCAAUGAAGUUACUGGUGACAUUGUUACUAAGCAACACAUUGACCGCGAGAGCCUUGGCACCAUGUUAAAGCUGGUAGUCUAUGCUGUUGACAUGCAGGGUCCAAAUCCAAGAACAUCAUCAACAAAUGUCAUCAUYAAAGUGAGAGAUGUCAAUGACAACAUACCAGAGUUCUCAAGUAAUCACUUUACCAUAAGCAUAGCUGAAGACGCACCCUUAGGAAGCAGCGUMAUUACUUUAACWGCUAAAGACAGUGACGAGGGAGAAAAUGCUAAUAUAACCUACUCUAUCACAGGAGGUAACCAUAGAAACAUGUUUGUGRUUGACAGUCAAAGUGGUAGAGUGACCAGCCUUCAACGUUUCAAUCGGGAGGCAGUCUCCACCUAUACGAUCAAUGUAACUGCACGUGAUCAUGGCAGACCYAGUCAUUCUUCGUCAUGUCUAGUCACAGUAAAAGUUGACGAUGUUAACGACAAUGCACCAUUGUUUACCAGGAGUUAUUACUCGUUUAAAAUAUCAGAAGAUGCUCUUAUAGGAACAACUGUAGGAACUGUUCAAGCUACUGAUAUUGAUGCUGGYGAGAAUGCAAAAUUGACAUACAGUAUUCUAGGAGCAGACAAAGUCAUCUUUGAUCUUAACCCAUCAACUGGUGUAYUAACUAUUAGUCAAAGACUUGAUAGAGAGACUGUGGAGCACUAUAUCCUUAACAUCACAGCUAAGGACAAUGGAAAGCUUAUCCAACACUCGUCAUCUGUCAGUGUUUAUGUGACAGUUGUUGAUAUCAAUGAUAAUUCACCAGAGUUUAAACAACGAAGUUACCAUGGAGAUAUCACAGAAGGAGAAAGSACUUUCACACAYAUUGUUACUGUGUCSGCUGUUGAUCAUGAUGCUGGGAGCAAUGGUCUUAUUAACUACAGCAUUAUAUCAGGAAACAGCGACCACUCGUUUGGAAUACUCAAGAAUGGAACUAUUGUCAACCUCAAGGUUUUGGACAGAGAGAAACAAGAUGGCUACUUGUUAACAGUGCAAGCCAGUGAUGAAGCCACKCCCUUGUCAUCUCAGCGUCACACCACGACACGUGUGUCCAUCAACGUGACUGACAUAAACGAUAAUAAGCCUUAUUUCACCUCAGCGUCCAUUGCUCAUSUGUCUGAGAGCGCAAAGGUUGGUGAUGUAGUUUUAACUGUGAUAGCUGUAGACCUGGAUCAAGGUUCUAAUAGUCAACUGUCAUACACACUCACCAAGAUUGAUCUUGGAGCWCCGUUCGCACUUGGGAAAAMCAACGGCGUACUGCGUGUCUCUGGAGGUCUGGACCGAGAAACCAAACAAAACUACACCCUGAAAGUAACAGCAGCGGACAYAGGGAGCCCAAAGCUUUCAUCCGACAUGAAGAUAGUGGUUGUGAUCGAUGAUUUCAAUGACCAUGCGCCAGUCUUUCUCCAACACCCGAGUAAUGUUAGUAUCUACGAGAACGUGACAGUUGGAACAGACAUUCUUACGCUGUCAGCGGUUGAUGAUGAUGACGGUACAAAUGCCGAAGUGCGUUACGAGAUCGUGACAGGUGAUGAUGACGGAUCAUUCACUAUCAACUCCAUCAYAGGUAGACUACGAACAGUGAAAACGCUAGACAGAGAAAAAGUGCCCAAAUACACUCUAGAAAUCCGAGCUUAUGAYCUUGGAGUGCCUAGGAAAGUGAGCGUUACUACCAUAACGGUUCUGUUGCGUGACAUCAACGAUGAUAAGCCUAAGUUUAGUAAAGAUACUUAUAUGGUCGAUGUCCAGGAAGACGUCAUUGAUUCCAAYAUAGUAACSGUACUGGCGCAAGACAAGGAUCAAGGGCAAAAUGGAGAUAUYGCGUAUAGUAUAAUCGAUGGUGACGUMGGUGGGAUAUUUGUUAUUAACUCACGCACGGGAGCUAUAGGACUAACAUCUAAACUAGACCGCGAASWGAAGGACACMUACAAGCUCACRGUCCAAGCUAACGACAGCGGUUCCCCGAGCCUGUCUGGAAAAUGCCAUGUGGUUAUAAAAGUACUUGAUAAGAACGACAAUCYACCAGUGUUCCAGCCUAAUACCCUAAAGGCAAAAGUACCAGAAGGAGCUGCAGUUGGAACCUUUGUGAUUCAAGUAACAGCCUUAGAUCAAGAUUCUGGAWCCAACGCUGAUCUGACGUACUCUCUAGUUAACAAUUAUGCACGCUUUCGAAUUAAUCCCAAAACAGGUCGCAUCGAGACGGAUAAAAUAUUAGACAAAGAACAAAUUGCUUUCCAUGCCUUAGAAGUUCUAGCUACCGAUGCAGGGAAUCCCCCUCUCCAGGGCAAGGCUACURUGAACGUCAUAGUCGAUGAUACGAAUGAUCACGAUCCAGUGUUCGAGAAUUCAUUGAUUAAAGCUACCGUACAGAAGAAUGCAGCUGUAGGYUCGAUAGUUGCAGUUGUUGCUGCUUCUGAUCAAGACACGGGAAUYAAUGCCAAGUCUGASUACACAAUUGUCAGCGGUAAUAACGAUGGUAUUUUCAAAUUGGACGAGCAAAGCGGCGUGAUCUAUKUUUCCAAGACAGUUCCUGCAUCGCCUACAAYAUACACCUUACAGAUCAAAGCAACCAAUCAGAACGCACCUAAGCGGGUUGCUAMGACAACUGUUAAACUAUACGUCAGCAGCAGCUCGUUUCCAAGCUUCCUCCAYCCUGACCAGACUCUGUUCAUCUCGGAGWUGACAGCCAAAGGAACGACGCUGAUAACCGUGAACGCAACGGGACACACAACRUACUUCAUCGCAGGUGGUGAUGACCAAGACGAAUUUGAUGUGGACGCAGUGUUUGGWACUGUGAAAGUCACAAAGUCUCUUGAUUAUGAGAAAAACAAGAACUACAGUAUAGUAAUAGGAGCAAAAGAUGGYAGUACUCCGCCCCAUGUUGGUUUUACUACCCUCCAUGUGGUCCUAAUAGAUGAAAAUGACAACCYGCCAGUGUUUAAUCAAUAUGCUUAUCAYGCYAGUAUCAAAGAGGGACUACCAGCCAACUCCUCCGUUGUCACCGUUAAUGCUGUAGACGCUGACUCAGGCUCUAAUGCCCGUAUUGAAUAUUCAAUCAUUCUAUCCAGCGGCGGUUCGUCUCCAUUCAGGAUUUCUUCUUCAGGGGAAAUCUUCACAAACCAAAUCCUAGACCGCGAGAAGACGUCGUUUUAUUCUCUAAAGGUAACCGCACAGAAUGCCGGUAAUGCGUCAAUGACCAGUGAAGCUGCUGUCAUGGUGACUGUUACUGAUGUCAACGAUAACCCACCAGUGUUUGUCAGCGGUCUUAGGGACGYUCACGUACCAGAAAAUGCRCCUGUAGGAACCGUUGUUACUGUCCUUAAAGCAAGCGAUGCCGAUUCUAUUGUGGAUUCAUCACUUCGCUACCACAUCCAAGACAGCGCUAAUAUACGUGGAYUAUUUGUUGUUGAUUCUAAUAACGGGACUAUCUCUACUGCUAAGUCUCUAGAUCGUGAAGAUCGUAGCACGUACACUCUGGUUGUCUCAGUAAGYGAYGGUAAACACGUURCAAAUUCAUCUCUGAACAUCACAGUGUUGGAUGUCAACGAUAACGCUCCAAGGUUCCCAGUUAGACCGUACGCUACACAAAUCCCAGARAGUUCACCAGUCGGCUUUGCAGUCUUGAACGUGACGGCGACGGAUGCAGACGAUGGMCUGAACUCUGUUAUUGUUUACUCCAUUGUUUCCAAGCAACCUAUCAGCCACUUCUCCAUCGAUAAAAAGCUUGGUCUGAUAACUAUYCACAAAGCUGUAAAAUUCCAUCGAGGUAGCUCCAAUAUGUACAAUCURACGGUGAGAGCGCAAAAUGUUUACCCACCCUAUCUUAAAGGCGACACACAUGUUGAGAUUGAAGUGUUAGACACCAAUGACCACGCCCCAGUCUUUAAACAGGCCAACUACAGGUUCAUUGCAGUGGUGGAUUCAAGUAAYGGUGCUCGUAUCGGAAUCGUUCAUGCCGAAGACACUUACGAUUAUGGCCCGAAUGCCGAAAUUCGAUACGAAGUUUCGUCGGGUAAUGGAUCAACAAAAUUYCGAGUGGUUACCGAAAACGGCGAAGUAAGAGUAAAGGGUGACCUAACCGGCGAUGCUAACAAAGUUUAUUGUAUCAAAGUCAAAGCAAAAGACUUGGGAAGCCCAAGUAAGGAAGCUGCUGCACAAGUGUGUGUCGAUGUCACGCCUAAGAAUCUGUACAAGCCAAGGUUUUCUCUUUCUGUCUAUCGYAAGACUGCUUCCGAAGACUUACCUGUCGGAAGCGCUAUCGUCACAGUCGUCGCCAGCGAUGAUGAUAACGGCAAAAAUGGAGAAAUAUCGUACAGUGUUACGUCAGGGAACGAUCGAGGGUACUUCGGUAUUGGUGUUUCUAAUGGGUCUAUCUAUAUAGCAAAACACUUGGACUAUGAAUUCCAAACUAAGUAUGUCUUGAAUAUAGUGGCUACAGAUGGUGGUGUACCCUCCAAAAGAAGCUCUGUUCCUGCAGAAAUAACCUUGUUAGACGUCAAUGACAAUAAUCCUGUAUUUGAGCCUUCGUCSUAUUCCUGUAAAUUGGCAGAGAAUACGCCACCUCGAUCUAAAGUUAUUUGCRCAGUGCAUGCCACGGAUAAGGAUAAACUGGGUAAACAGGAUGUCAGGUACUAUAUUGCAAGUGGAAGCGACGCAGCAAAAUUCUCCAUUGAUCCAGUCACCGGAGAAAUMAAGGCCACUGCAGAGUUUGACUUCGAAAAGACGCCGAAGACAGUCCUCGUUGUAGGCGCCAAAGAUCUCGGUUUGCAACCACAAAGGUUUGCCGAUCCACGAGCUGAUGUUUUUAUUACCAUAACAGGUAAAAACGAGUUUGUUCCAGUAUUUACAAGUGAUACCUUCAAAGGAACAGUGGCUGAAAAUGCGCCSAUUGGUCACACMGUSUUGARAGUUUCAGCCACUGAUAARGAUGCAGGGGUCGAUGGGAUCGUGGUGUAUCAUCUCGUCGGGGCUGACAAUCACAAGGGUUUUGCUCUGAAUACAGAAACUGGAGUCUUAACUAUCUCAGGAAAUCUAGACAGCGAAGUACAUGGAAAUGUCACGCUGAAAGUCAUUGCUAAGAAUUUAUUCCAGACUGACGUGACGCCAAGCUCUAUUGGUCACGCAACUAUUAUCGUGGAAGUGACAGAUGCUAACGAUGCUCCAAGAUUCCUUCAGAGUGUUUAUACUGCUAGUACGAUCGAAGGAGCUAARAGUGGUACUUACGUGACAAACGUGACUGCUGUUGAUGACGACAAAGAGCGAUCCGCUAAGGGRAURCCYAUACGUUAUGGUAUAGGGGCAGGCAAUACACACCAAGCCUUCUCCAUCAAYCAGCGAACGGGCGUCAUUACAACUKCAGGAGCACUGGACCGAGAAUUGAUACCAGUCUACAACCUUAUAGUCACGGCCACGGACAAUGGUUCYCCUCCCAUGACUGGUAACGCAACGGUAACAGUAACGCUACGUGACGUUAAUGAUAACCCACCAACUCUUGUCGAUGCUGAUCGCGUUGCGUCGGUACUUGAAAACCAACCUAGUGGUACGACAGUCGUAACGUUACGAGCUACAGACAAAGACAUUGAUCCUCACAGAGGACCUUUUACGUUCCAGAUAUCGGGUACCAACUACGGCAAGUUUGAUUUGAAUAAAAAUACAGGAUUGYUACAAACAACCGCCAUACUAGACCGCGAAAAGCAAGCCAGUUACAAUCUGUCCAUUCGUGUGAUGGAUAAUGGCGGCUUGUCUGCCAUCUCGUACUGCCUCGUCACCGUCAAAGAUCAAAACGACAACAGGCCCAAGGCAACACCCCGUGCUGUCAUGGUGAACACAUACGAUAAACGUUUCCCCGGUGGUUCCGUGGCGGAUGUACGUCCCGASGAUGCCGAUGUUGAUGACGCUAUGGCCUGUCGCAUAAUUAAAUCUUCCUGUGACAUGUUUAGUUUCCCGCGAGGUGACUGCAUGCUGCGUUCUUUGGCCAAAACUGGAGACAGUUUGUGUAUGUUGAAGAUCAAUGGUUCUGAUGGUGUUGGUGCCGUGCGUUACAACGUGACGGUCACGUUCUGUGGUUACACUAGUGACACAGUGAAGAACAGUGUUGCGUUACGCCUACAGAAGACCACGCCCAGGGAAUUUCUAACUUCAUCUUACUAUAGUUUCACUCAGGCAGUYYUAAGGAUUCURCCGAAUGAAUUCUCAUCAAUCCAAAUUAUCAGCAUCAAAGGAUUUGAYCGGGGCUUCGUCGAUGUCCUUAUAGCGGCGCGAAAGYCUAAUACAUUCACAUACCUUGGAAAAGACAAGYUAUCAGAAUUGCUGAAGAUUAAAGAAAACCAAGUGGAGUCUGAAGGAAAAGUGGAUAUUKAUCGCGUGGACUACAGUCCUUGUAUCAACAGCAGUCCUUGUAAGAAUGGUGCUGAAUGUAGCAGUGAUAUAGGGGCCACAGGAAACACUUUUGUUGUUAAUACAGUACCUGUAGUCUUUGUGUCAGCKGAUUUUAACUGGAGAUAUUCAUGCAGGUGUAAACCCGGGUUCACAGGAAGUAAAUGUGAAGUGAAAAUAAACAACUGUGACACUAACCCUUGCACUAAUGGCGGAACGUGCCAAGAGGACGGGUCCUCUUUCAAAUGUACUUGUCCCAAUGGCUUCAACGGGAAACUGUGUCAAACUGACAUCGACGAAUGYGUCUCCAACCCUUGUAAACACUCGACAGGSUGCCAAAAUACAGCAGGCAGUUACACCUGUCAAUGUAAAGCAGGAUACUCAGGCAAAAACUGUGGAUACCAAAUCGACUACUGUCAGGGGUCCCCUUGUAUGUACAAUUCGACCUGCGUAGCCAAACCUACAUCGUUCAWGUGCACUUGUGAUUUUGGUGGGCGUGGUGACCGCUGUCAGUUUUCCAGUCUUGGUUUUGGUGUGGUGUCAUUUAUGAAGUUCAAGACAAUACGUAGCAGUAACCAAGAAUCUUACAACAACAUUACUUUAUCGUUUGCCACGUCUUUGUCAGACGGGUUGUUGUUAUAUAACAACGAUGGUACAGCUGAAGAAGAUGGAGAUUUUAUAGCGUUAGAAAUAGUACAAGGGAAGGUUAGAUUCUCGUAUAAUCUUGGAUACACCAARAAUGCUGCAGUAAUACUGGUCGACCGACGCGUUAAUGAUGGACAAUGGCACCACGUSACUGUCAUCAGAAAUAAAGUGAACGCCCAAGUUGUCGUUGAUUAUAACUUCAAAAGCAGUGGAUCAGUGGCUGGUCAAUUUACACAACUCGAGCUCAAAAGUUCACCACUUUACGUUGGUGGCGUGCAGGACUUCGACCAAGCAUUCAGUGAUAAGCGAAAACAUGUCCAAGUGUAUGACUUUGUUGGCUGUAUUCGCGAUUUCUUCAUCAAUGGCGAUCAGCUGUUGUAUAAAGACGCUAUUGGAUCAUCAGGUGCAUUAGAUCAUUGUCCUCAUAAUGACUUCUGUACCAACAACCCGUGUAAGAAYAAGGGMAAAUGUAAAGAUACUUGGUUUGGUUACUUCUGUGAAUGCGAUGAUGGCUACUCUGGAAGCAACUGUGAAAAAGCUCAACCAAGUGCAGUGCGAUUCAGUGCGUCCAGUUCGUUGGUUUUGCAGUUCAAAGAAAGCUAUCGACGUCAACAAAAGUUACUUGAGAGCAAAAAUGCGGCUGUACGAAAACGCCGCUCCGUCAGCUCGAGCGACGAGUCGUUUGGUAUCAGUUUCCGUACUCUAAAAGGAGGCCUGGUACUGUUAGCGCAGGAUGAUACUUCAGAUUACACAUUGAUUCAGGUAAACUCAAAAAGCGUACAUUACGAGUUCAAAUCAUCGAGUACCAAGGGCAACAUAACCAUCUACAGCUCCUCUUUCGUUGACGGGACAUGGCACAACGUAUCAUUACGACGUGUGGGGAAAACCGUAACUCUAACGGUAGACAACGAAGACAAACAGAAAACGUUUACGCAAGAUCCUCAUCGGUUUCUUGGUGCGGGAGUACGCACGUGGGCUCUAGGUGGCGUGUCACAACCUCCUCAAGGACUUGAAAUAACAAAUUUUAAUGGGUGUAUGGAACGACUGAAGAUCAACGGAGUCAACAUCCCCCUCAAUGGCGCUAAUGGAUACGUGACUUCGAAAUCACAAGGGGGGAGUGUCAUAGAAGGGUGUGGUGUCAAGAACGGCGCAUGUCAGUCAAACCCCUGCGUUGCUAACUCUGAGCAGCCCGCGUGUAUAGAGGAUUGGUACGGUUAUGAGUGUGUUAGUAACGCACCGUGUACACCUAACCCGUGUACUAACAAUGGCWCAUGUAUCCCUAGUAAAGAUGGCUCCUUCAAAUGUCUGUGUCACGCAAACUACUCGGGUGAAAUCUGUGGACUGUGUCACGGYGUUCCUUGCGUUACUUCAGGCAAACGUCAUCAAGAUAGCCCAUUCAGUAUUGGUAUCAUUGCAGGGUUAUUGUUCUUAUUGUUCGUCAUAGUUGGAAUAAUCGUUGGUAUAUUGGCUGUUAAACGGCAUCAAAAGCUUAAACGUGAAUCCGACUACGAUGCGAAACACUGCGAUGAGAUUUGUAUUCCUACCGCUGAUAUACAGGACGGUUCGCAUCGCGCAUCACCAUCGCACAGUAGCGACGAUAGCGGUGUCGUUAUACGAAAUCCCAGCCAAAAAUCCAACCCAGAUUUACGCAUCUCGCCAAACGACGACAACAAGGACAUUGUUAUCCACAAAAUGGGUCCCCCAGAGGACUACCAGCUCAAACUUCAUAAGUCAGACGAGAAGAUCGACCACGGUUUUUCAGAAUCGGACGUCGGYGAGUUUGUCAUCAARAAUGAUUACCCAAUGAAAAAUGGAAGUCGUGAGCGACUGGAUCACGUGAUUUAUCCACGUAGAGAUUUGGUACAGCACAGUACACCAAUUGAAAGAGAYCAACCUCGUAGCACCCCAAGACAGCGACCACGAGCACGAGAUAGACGACCACCCAAUUCAUUAGCACGGCAAGUCUUAGAUAAACGGCAUCACGGCCCUCCAAAAACCGAMCCUCGUAURCGUCCRCCGUACGGUGGUCGACACCACAAACGAAGAUCGCACUCUAUGGAUACAACGAGCAGUGACGAACAACACGACUUUUCCGACGGCGGCAUGAGGUCGGAUAUGGAUAACUCGGAAAUGCUUGAUUAUUACGAUAUUGACGUCGCGAGUAUUGGUGUCAGUGAGGCUAGUUACCAGUACGAACCAAGCAUGUUUAAGGACAGCAUGGCACGAAAAGACUUACCCGCAUUCUCCCAGUCUGAAAUAGAACGUAUUAGACAGCAAUCGUCACGAAAUCCUCCAUCCGGCAGCUUCCUAGAUGCCAUAUCGACGUCUAGCGACGAAGAUCCGAUCGUUAACGACAAGUUAUCGAGUCUUAUGGAGCAAGACGAUACAUCAAGCGAAAGCUCCGACGGUACGUUUACGUGUAGCGAGUUUGAAUUCGACGAGCGACCGACUACACGAGCCGAGGAAUUAGACUCACACGGGAGUAUGAUUUUCUCAAGGUUAGCUACAGUAGAACCGCACUCAGGGCGUCAACCAGGCUCUAGAACUGUUUCUAAUAGUACUGUUAACAUGAAUGAGGACGAUUUAGUGAUUGCUAAUAGACUUGCACAGAAACCACCUGUCAAUGGUAUUAGUGAAGACUUUGAUUGGGAUGAUGUUUUAAACUGGGGACUUCGAUAUAAUAAUUUACGUGGUGUYUACAAAGAUAUCGCGGAGCUUAAAGACGGYGUGCAAGACAAUGGAGAACAGUAUGUAUGACCAAAGCUAAAGAAUUAGAUGAAACACUUAGGACAUGAUUCAAACGAUGUCUCACUUCACAAAGUCAAGUACUACACAGUUCUAAUAUAAAGAAAUUCUACGUUUUGUAAAAUGAAAGCUGUCAUUUUAAUAGUAUUUUUACACAAGAUUGAUAAGUUAUUGCGUAUUUGUUUGUUUGCAUUUUUGUACAUAGGUUUUUAAUGUAAAACGACUAGGUUUUUUAACUAAAGAAAACAACGAAUCAAAAUUACUUYAUAUAUUAAUAUAUUAACAAUAUCAGAGUGAAAACACUAUUUCCAUGAAACAGUUUCAGACCGAGUGGUCCAAUUGAUUCAGUAUUCACCAAACUGUCGGACUGGCAAAUUUGAAAUGAGAAAUAGGGGAAAAACGACAACAACCUUUUAUGCCUUUCUUCGCUUUUCUCAACUGCCAACACGGACUAUCGCGUAUAGAUUACAAUUCCAAACAGAAUGCUGUAUUCGCGACAGUUCACAGUGUGAGGGAUACUACUAGUCCUUAUUCUAUGAUUAUGUGAAAGUUACUUUAAUGAUUAUUCAUUUUCUACUAAUCGUUUUAAAAGUGAGUUGUUUUAACGUAUUUUUUCUCUAGUCCGUCGUACGUUAUGUAUAUCCGUACGUUGUAGUUAGAUAAUACGUAGAGAAAGAAGCCAUGCAGUGCAUUUCAUUAUAGAUAUAUUUGUACAAAAGAUUUAAGAACAGCAAUAAAAGUUUUAUAUAAUAAU